AUGUUUGAGCUAUUUGAGGUAGGCCAAACAAAGCCUGGACCAGAGCUUAAUAUAACAGAUGUAGAUGGAAAUGAAACACUGCUGGUAGACGAGUCUCGGCUGGAUAGUUUCGAAGAGCUUAGCAUCGCACUCGAUAUGGGACUCGGUUUUGCAUUGGAUGUGGUUGAUGAAGGUACUCCAGGCAAUUUCGGGCUGCUGCCUGAAGUCGAAGAGAGCAGUGAGAUCGGAGAUGAUGGAUUAACACUUGACAAACUUGAAGAGGUCCCAGUGCUCGAGGCUGUGGAGCUUGUGAAACCUGUGAUGAAUGCCGUGGUGGGACUAAAUGUGAGCCAAGUAUUGGGAACCGUGUUUGAUGGAGACGUUGAUAUAACAGGUAGCACUGGUGAGGUUCCUGAUAUCCCAUCGGAGGAAGAUGCGGGAAUAGAGAUACCUGGCGAGAAUGAUGGGGACAUAGCUACGUUCGUAGAGGACCUUGAUGAAAUGCGAGUCGGACGUAGGGAAGAUGUAGCUAGAGUCCCAGACGUCACGGAUGAUAUGCUUGCCAUAGAUGAUAACGUUGAAAUUGAAAGUUCAGACGACCUUAAUAUGGGCGUUGUCGCUCCUGACGUUGAAGCCGGUGCUGAAGCAAGUGGCGUACGGUUAGAUACUGCUGAGGAACGGCGGUCGAAAGUUGAAGCGCUGCGAGAUACAGAUGACGCGGGUGACGCUUGCGAUAUGGAAUCUGGAAACGAUGUUGUGGUUCUGGAAACGACCUCACUGUUGCUGGCGAUGGGGUCUGGAAGGGAUAUAGUGAACUCUGCACUUGAUGCACUCGAACCCGAGCUCGUGAUUGUCGGCGUGUUUCCCCUGGACGGAGAUGGAUGA